CCAACAUGGUUGUAGUAAAGCCUCAACAGAGAUUGAGAGUAAAAGUUGGGAGAAUAAAUCACACAAAUGUGUAGUUUCAGGGGAGCAUUUUGUCAUGUAGGAAGCUAUAAAUAUUCAUGCGGUCAGCUAUGAACAUUCAGGACAGUAAUGUAGCCACGCCUUCUGUGAAAGACUUAGUGAAGAUUUUGUAUGGAGGAAAAAGGUUUGGGAAUCAUGUGGAUGAAGUUUGGCCUAACCUCUUCAUUGGCGACAUGUCAGUGGCCAAUGAUCGCUACAGUCUAUGGAAGCUGGGAAUCACUCAUGUUGUGAAUGUCGCUCAUGGGAGGAUGCACUGUCAGGGGAGUCAUGACUUCUACGGCUCCACUGUGGAUUAUUAUGGAGUGCCUGCCGAUGACUCGCCAUCCUUUGACCUCUCUCGCUAUUUCUUUCCCUCCGCUGAGUAUAUUCAGAGUGCACUUGACACAGCUGGUGCUCGGGUUUUUGUCCACUGUGCAGUUGGAGUGAGCAGAUCUGCCUCCCUCGUCCUGGCCUACCUAAUGAUCCAGCAACGUUACACUCUCCUCGAGGCCAUCAAUAAGGUCAAAGAGCGCAGGUGGAUUUUCCCAAACAGGGGAUUCCUCAAACAGCUUCGUGCUUUGGAUAUGAAGCUCCGCAAGACAUCCUAAGUAAUCCUCUGCACCUCAAAAAACUUUUAUAUUCUAACUUACCUCAAACGUCUGUUUUCCUCAAGAUAAAUGAAGGACUCAGUAUCUACCAGCGGAGGGAGAUACUGUACUUAGAUUUGUACUCUGAUUAGUUUGUUUCAAGAACAUUAUUGAGCUUAAUGUAUUUACAUUGACUCUUAGCUGUGAAUCAUGCUGCCUGUUCACAAGAUAUUGAUCUCAUAUUAAUAGAACAUCAGUGUAAUCACUUAGGCAGAAUCAAUUUUAUGAAUAUGAGACAAAAUCACUUAAGUAACCUUUGUAUUACAUUUAAUUAAAGGUACAACCCUGAUUUACAUUUAA